UAGUGGGGAUUUGUUUUUCCUGUCUAUUACUUCUAUUUAGCUAAAAAGAUUAUUCCAAUUUCCAUUUGCUCAUAGGCUUUUGCUUCCACUCUUUCUCUCUUUGUUCUUCAUUUCUUACAUUUGUGUCGUAAAUUUGCUAUCACAAGAACAAUAUCAAGAUCUGUGUUAUUGUUACAAUCAGUCAGUUGCAUCUUCUUUCUGUGUUUUUCAAUUCUUUGCUUGAGAUUUCUACUGUGGAGUUUCUUCUGAGUUGUCCACAAUUUAAAUCCAGGUUAAUUUGUUUCGGCUUUUGAAUAUUUUAUUAACUUUGAGUAAUAGAGAUUAGGGAAUCGAAAUUCUUGUUUCUAUUGUUGGAAAAUUUGUUGAACUCACUGACGUCAAUUUUUCCCCCCCUUUACUUUGAGUUUCAACCAAAUUUACAAGUUUUUUGAAAAUUUCGAAAGCCUGAAGGAAAAAUACUCCUCAAGUCAUUUUUGGUAAAAUCAUCGAUGAAGAGAAUAAAAUAAUUUUUAUUUUCAAUGGAUGUGUUGUGCAUCGGACCGUAAACAUCACUAUGCACCAAUUCAAGUCUUUCUCUUGUUUAAAAAUUGCCACCUUUGGGAGAAGGUAAUCUAAUCUGUGCAUUUCCCCUUUUUCACAGCAAAUCUAACCAAAUGAGGUAAAAUUUGAAAAGUCAAUGCCAAAUUUUCAAAAGUUUGUGGUUGUAGUGAGCAAAGCUAUUCAAUGCACGAUGACUUAGAGAGUCACUAUUGAAAAAGAAAGCAUUGUUAGUCAUGUUGAUCCUUGUAAUUUUAAUUCGUUGUGGGUAAGAAAUUACACAAACUUGGUCCUUGAAAACCAUAGAAAUUUUUUUAUGCAACAACUGAGCAAUACUAAGAAAAUUUUGAGACAACUUUAGAGAUUUUUCAAUUAAACUAAAAAGAUCAAUAUCUUUAGCCACGUGGAUAGUACAUCCAUUGUUAAUAAGCCAUGAGGUUGACCCAUUAUUGUCAUACAUAUGAGAGGCUACAAACAAGAAAUUUGUCUCUUGAUUAUUGUUGACACAAUUUGCUUUUCUCUUAAGGAUGUUGGAUUUGGUUUAAUUUCAUUAGGCAUAACAAAAUUUUUCUGUAUGGCCAUCUUUGUUGCAUUAAUCACAAUUGUAGACUGGACCAACAAUUUUUCUCAGCAUGGUUUGUCUUUUUGCAAUAGCGACCUGAGGAAGUUUACCUAUCAAACUUCUCCUUUUCCUUUACUUCUUUGAUCUAUAGCUGUUUGUCUAUCACCUUGUUUAGCAAGUUUCUUGCCUUUAUAAUUUGCACCUUCAACCUGCUCCUUGUUACGCAUUGUAUCCCUUUGUUCAUAAGCUUGUAAUUUGCUAAUUAAUUUAAUAAUAGAGAGAGUUGUUAAAUAAGAAGACUCGUCUAUGAUUGAAUUUUUUUACUCAAAUUUAUCAGAAGCAUUAACUAUUAUUUUUUCGAUGACUUUUUAAUCGAUAAAAUUUUCACCAGCUAGUCUUAUGUGGUUUACCAUGGUCAUCACUUUUAUUGCAUAAUCCUCACGAAAUCUAAACCUUCAUUUUUAGUAUCCUGAACUCUCUUGAUUGUCAACAAUUUGAUACAUUUCACUCUUACUCUUCCUUCAAAUUCCUCCAGCAAUUUAUCCCAAGCUUCUUUUGCCGUUUUACAAUCAAUAUCCCAGCAAAUAUAGGACCAGGUUUUUCUUUUGAAGAUAAAGUACAAGGCCAUGGAAAUUCUUAUUUCAGUGGUUGCAAAAAUUGUUGAAUGCACAGUCGAACCUGUUGUUCGUGAACUGGGUUAUGUAUGUUUCAUUCGUGGCAACUUUCAAAAACUCAAGAGCCGAGUUGAGAGGCUAAAGGAUACAAGGGAAUCGGUGCAACGCAGGGUCCAUAAUGCAAGAAGAAAUGCAGAAGACAUAAAACCUGUUGUUGAGAAAUGGUUGAGUGAGGUUGAUGACAUUAUUGGAAAAUCUGAGGCAAUACUGGUCAACGAAGGUCGACAUGGUAGACUGUGUUCGACGAAUUUGGUCCAACGACACAAGUUAAGUAGAAAAGCAAGAAAAAUGGCAGAUGAGGUUCUUGAGAUGAAAAAUGAUGGGGAGAAUUUUUGUACGGUAGCCUAUGAAGUAGCUGUCUCAUUGGUUGAGACUGAGAGUUCAUUGCCAAAAAGACUCGACUUUCUAGACUUUGAAUCAAGAAAGUCGACUAUUGAACAAAUCAUGGAUGCACUCUGUGAUGAUAAUGUCCAUAUGGUUGGAGUGUUCGGGAUGGGUGGCGUUGGCAAAACUAUGCUAGUGAAAGAAAUUGUAAGAAAAAUUAUAGAGAAAAAAUCAUUUGAUGAAGUGGUAAUAUCAGCCGUCAGUCAAACACCAAAUUUGAAAAGUAUUCAAGGACAACUGGCUGACAAGCUAGGAUUGAAGUUGGAACAAGAAACAAUAGAAGGAAGGGCACUUAGGCUCCAAAAGAGGUUGAAGAUGGAGAAACAUAUCCUGGUUGUUUUGGAUGAUGUAUGGGAGUAUAUUGAUCUAGAAACAGUAGGAAUUCCAAGUGUUGAAGAUCACACAGGAUGCAAGAUCUUGUUUAUCUCUAGAGACGAACAUUUGAUCUCAAAUUACAUGUGCAUCGAUAAAAUUUUUGAGAUAAAAGUUUUAGGAGAAGAUGAGUCGUGGAAUUUAUUCAAGGCAAUGGGAAGUGAAAUUGUUGAAGCAUGUGAGCUGAAGCCUAUAGCUAUUCAAAUUGUGAGACAAUGUGCAGGUUUGCCUAUUGCUAUUACUAUAGUUGCUAAAGCAUUACGAAAUAAAUCUUCCCCCAUUUGGAAAGAUGCCUUAGAGCAGCUAAAAAGUCGUGGUGUGGCUGUGAACAUAAGAGGAAUGAGAGAGAAAGUGUAUUCCUCACUGAAAUUGAGUUACGAUUACUUAGAAUGUGAAGAGGUCAAGUUACUAUUCUUGUUAUGUAGCAUGUUUCCAGAAGACAUUGACAUUGAUGUGGAACAAUUGCAAAUAUAUGCUAUGGGCAUGGCUUUCUUACAUGGUGUUGAUACUGUGGCACAAGAACGACGUAGGAUAACAAAAUUGGUUGACGAUCUUAUAUCUUCUUCUUUGCUUCUACCAUCUGAUUUUGGAAACAAUUGUGUGAAAAUGCACGAUAUGGUUCGUGAUGUAGCCAUAUCAAUUGCAUCUAUGCAUGAUCACAUUUGUACAUUGAGUUAUGUGAAAGGAACGAAUGAAGAAUGGGAACAAGAGAAGUUUUCGAGUAAUCAUACUGCAGUGUCCCUAGAUAUUCAAAGUUGGAAUAAUAAUCCUCUCCCAAAGUUAAUGUUACCAAAAGUUCAAUUAUUAUCGUUAACUGGAUCAUCAGUGUUGGGAUCUGAGUACGUGUCGAUGACAGAAAACUUUUUUGAAGAAAUGAAAGAGCUCAAAGGUUUAAUAUUAGAAACAGUAAAAGUAUCCUUAUUGCCACCAUCUCUUUACUACUUUGACAACAUUAGAUUAUUACGUUUACAUUACUGUCAAUUAGUGAGCAUCGAUAUGAUCGGCGAGUUAAAAAAGCUUGAAAUUCUUGAUUUUAGUGGAUCUAACAUCGUCGAAAUUCCGACGAGCAUAAGCCAACUGACGCAGCUGAAAGUGUUGAAUUUACGUAGAUGUAACGAUCUCAAGGUAGUUCCACCAAAUAUUCUUUCAAAGUUGACAAAACUGGAAGAAUUAAACCUGGAAACUUUUGACAGAUGGGAAGGAGAACAGUACAGAAGAAGAAAAAAUGCUAGCGUUUCUGAGCUCCGGUACUUGUCAUACCUUUAUGAUUUGGAUUUAAUCAUUAAACAUGAAAAGAUUGUGCCAAAACACUUGUUUUCAGCAGAGUUGAAUUUAGAAAAGUUCAACAUUACCAUUGGCAGCAAAGCAAGAUCAUAUGGCAAAGAGAAUCACGGCUUCCUUAGAAUAUUGGAUCUUAAGAUGGAAUGUGGAAGUUGUUUAGAUGAUUGGAAAAAGAUGUUAAAAAGGUCAGAAGAAGUGCAUUUAGCAGGAUCAAUUUGUACAAAGGCUCUCCAUUUAGAGUUAUUAGAUGAAAAUGAGUUCUCACAUUUGAAGCAUCUCUACCUUUCUAAUGAUUUAAAAUUGCCACACUUUAUCAACGAAAAGAACAAGCCUUUACAAAAAUGGUUAUCCAAAUUGGAGUACCUAAAAUUGGAGAAGUUGGACAAUUUGGAGAGUAUAAUUCAUGGGUAUACUGGAGAAUCUCCUUUCAACAAGUUGAGGACUGUAAUCAUAAUGGAUUGCAAUAAAUUGGAAACUCUCUUUUUCAACUGCACCUUAGAACAAGAACAAGUAUCACUUCCUGAUUUGGAGCAAUUGAGAGUUGAUGGUGCAAAUAAUUUGAAGAUGAUGUGGGGCAAUAUACACAUUGCUAAUUCCUUUUCAAAACUCAAAGAAGUAGAGAUUUUUUCAUGCAACAAUCUCGAGAAAGUUUUUCCUCCAAAUAUGAUGAGCAGACUUACAUGGCUUAGUAUCUUAAAGAUCAAGAAAUGUAGUUUAUUGGAAAGGGUAUUUGAAGUGCAAGAGCCAAGUGUUACAGAAACAAGUAUUGUUAUGCUCCAAAAUUUGAGAAGCUUGGAACUAUGUGAUCUUCCAAACCUCGAGUACCUAUGGAGCAAGAAUAAUCCUUGCAAGCUUCUGACCCUUGAAAAUAUAACAACAUUGUCCGUUCGAGGAUGUUCAAAACUUAAAGGAGAAUAUUUGCCGUCAAUUAAAAGUCUCAAGCAACUUGAAGCAUUAGAGAUAGAUAUCAGACAAUUGACAGAGGCGCUUGGGAAGGAAAAGUCAGUGCAUAAGUUGGAAUCAAAGCAAUUCGAGAAUUCUGAGGUUGAGGCUUCAGACUGUUCUGAGUUGUUUCCCAAGCUUAAAUCUUUGAAGCUGUAUGGUUCUCUUGACUAUAGCUUAACUCAUUUGCCAAUGGAAAUGGUACAAAUUUUACACCGUCUUAAGGAGUUUGUAUUAGAAGGAAUAUAUAUUGAAGAAAUAUUACCCAUCAAGAUAUUGAUUCCAACGAAACACCACGACGCAAGGUCUGAGAUUUUCAGGAGUUGGACUCUAUAUAAAUUACCCAAGCUUAGGCGUUUGUGGGCGGAAGGCUCACAAAAUAAUGCCCCAGUUCUUCAAGAUUUGAAUGCUCUAAUAAUUUCACAAUGUGGUAUGUUGAAUAUUUUGGUGCCAUCGUCAGUGUCUUUUACAAACUUGGUUGUAUUUUCCGUGGCUAAAUGUCAUAGACUAACCCAUUUGCUAAAUUCUUCGGUGGCUAGAACUCUAGUGCAACUUGAGUAUUUGAUAUUACACAAAUGCAAAAGGAUGACUACUGUGAUUGCAGAAGAAGAUGAAGAAUUAGGAUACGAUGAAAUUGUAUUCAACAAGCUACAAAGUUUAUGCGUUGCCUCCUUUUCCAAACUGACAAGCUUUUAUUCUGGGCGUUGCGUCAUUAAAUUCCCACGUUUGAGCUCUGUAAAUAUUCAGAGCUGUCCUAAAAUGAAAGUCUUUUCUCUUGGAACUGUAAGCACACCUUGUUUGAAACAAGGUUUUAAGUUAUAUAAUGGCAAACGUAGACGAAGAUCCCGAGGAGAUGGGUGUGGAAGAUAUGAAUGUCAUCAGCAGACAAGCUUGGGAGGACAAUUUUGAUACCAAGCAUUCCAUAUUUGUUUGAAGAACAGGUUAAUAUAUGUACCUAUUUCAUUUUGGUAAUAACAAAAAUCCUCAAAUAUGACUUUCAACAAAACUGCAAUUUUUAUUUUUCUGGGGAGUGGGAGAUGAUAUUUGUGUUGGUAUAAUUUUUAUGCAUUUAUUUCGGUAUAAUUUGGAGCAGAGGUAAUCUGUGGAGCAACCUGAUUAAAUUGUAGGGCUUUCCUAUAGCCUCCUCGUUGUUUCAUGUUUGGACUCUGUGAGCUUUUCUCUAGUUGUAUAUUCUCUUUUUUGAUGAAUGGCAUCACUAGUGGGUUGGGGAGAUGAUGAGAACUCUAUGGAUUAGGGGGGUCAUUCAAACCGCAAAAACCGAAUCAAAUUGGACCGAAAACUCAGUGAAACCGAAAAAUACGGUUCAAUCCGGUUUGAAGAAAUUUUGAAACCAAUUAA